ACUGUCACUGGCCGAGCAGCCAAGAUCACGGGCACCGAGUAAACCUCAGAUACACUCGCCUUCCAUCUUUAUCCCCAGUUCCUCCUGCCCGCGACCUCCCCCGGUCGCACGAAGGACCCCCCCUCCCUCUGGUUGGUGGAGCACCGGGAUACCGGGAAAUCGAGUGAUAGCGAGAAGAAUAGGGGGAAGACCAUCGCUGGACCACCGUCCUUCUUGGGUAAGUAUUAUCAUUAUUAUUUUCCUUCUCCAUAGGGAAGUGGGAGGGGUUGGAAAUUCUCGCGGACCCUGACGAUAUCCAGCUCCAAGGGGGGAUGCGGUGCUGUCCGUGUCUCCACGCCGCUCCUUUCAUCCGCAUCCCUAUCAGCCAACAGCCCACACACGCUCUUUCACACACCCCACCAUUGCUCCCUUAUCGUGCCUGAUCGAUACGGUACCGUGUCUGUUUUCCCGUUGCGAUAACUGGAAGCUACUUGUGCGGCACUGUAUCCCAUCCGCGUACCAGGAUCUUUGGGAAGGAAGAGGGUGCAGUCCCUGCAGUAGGAAGAGUGUCCCAUCCCCUUUUGCGGGAAUACACAGGGUUGCACAGCACCAUUAUCGACUGCUGCUAUCAUACCUGUGCUGCAUCGUACCCGUAGGCUAUUGCACUGCGGGAACCAUCCCUGCCGUUGCUAUUUUGGCCACCUGCUCGAGAGCUUCUAGAAUUUCGUCAAAGGCCGAAGGACGCAUCCACCGUUACCUAAUCGCGGGGAUGGUGAAUAACGUGUUUCGUACGGGGUCCUUGCGCCCUUAUUAUGCCCGCCGUUUCCACCCCUCAUUCUCUCCCUUUCGUUCACUCAAGCCGCACAUCUCCAAAUCAAAGCACAAGCUGCAACAACUCUCCUUUUUCCCCCGCCCGCGGCACAUCUGCUAUCAGCAUUCACGGAAUUUCUCUUAUUCCCACGCUCCUUCGCACCUUAGAUCGACAUCUAGAAGAUUCACCACCACCACAGGAACCACCCCCACCACCUCUUCCCCCACCACCAAAACCGGUGCCCGCACUUCUGCAAUUAAACAUACCCCCACAAACAAUACUACCGGAAAAUACACACACAAGAUGACUGUCGACCAUCCUUUGUCCAAGCUUUCCAGCGUCGUGAAGAUCGUUGAAGUUGGAGCGCGAGAUGGGCUCCAGAACGAAAAGGGAACAGUGCCCACAAACACUAAAAUCGAGCUCCUGGAGAGAUUGAGCUCGGCAGGCUUGACGCAUAUUGAAGCUGGUAGCUUCGUUAGGUAUUUUAUCCCUAUCCUUCGAGCCUUUUGGCAGCGACCGUGGGCUGACCCGGAAAAGCCCGAAAUGGGUGCCACAGAUGGCGGACACGCCCGAAAUCAUCAAACACCUUCGCUCAAACCCACCAGCCGCACCGGCAGGCGUAACAUACUCGUACCUCACGCCCAACAUGAAGGGCCUCACAGACUUCAUCAACCACUCCACCUCAAACACUGGGGUAUCCGUCUCGGAACAUGCGUCUGAGAUCGCCAUCUUCGGCUCCGCAUCCGAGGCUUUCUCGCAGAAGAACAUCAACUGCUCCAUCGCCGAGUCCCUCGAGCGAUUCCGGCCUGUCGCACGGAAGGCUUUGGAGAGCGGCAUCAGGGUCCGCGGCUAUGUGUCCAUGAUCAUUGGGUGCCCCUAUGACGGUUCUACAUCACCCAUGAAGGUAGCCGAGGUGGUGGAGGGCCUCUUGGACCUUGGCUGCUACGAGGUAUCCCUCGGUGAUACCAACGGUGUCGGCACCCCCGGCACUAUCGGAACGCUGGUGAACUACCUGAUCAAGGACCGUGGCAUCCCCGCCGGGAGGUUGGCGGCGCACUUCCACGAUACAUACGGCCAGGCAAUUGUGAACUGCCUGGUGGCUCUGGAAGCCGGGAUCAGGACAUUCGACAGCAGCGUGGCAGGUCUGGGGGGCUGUCCGUACAGCAAGGGCGCUACUGGAAACGUUGCGACGGAAGACCUGGUCUAUUUGUUUGUCUCCCCUUCCAUUCCAUCUUCCGCCUUUGGCUAAGCCAAUGCUAACAUGCCCCAAAUAGCCUGGAAGGAACUGGCGUCAAGACCAACGUGGACAUGGACAAGAUUGUCGAAAUUGGCGACUGGAUCUCCAGGAAACUCGGCCGCAAGAACGAGUCAAAGGUCGGAACUGCCUUGAUGGCGCGCAGACGGAGCGAUGGGAGCAGGUUAUAGAACGAAACGAGCAAAACAAAACGAAAAAAAAAGACUUUCCGUUAUCCAGCAUUCUUUUUUCCUCAUUCCCUAAUAUAUUUUUUCCUCGCCCCUCCUCCCUUAAACGACCGCUGGCUAGGAGCCCAACGACACACGAUAUCUUCAUAAUAAUCGCUCCCGUCCAAAAAGCUGAGCCGGCACGCAUUCUUUCUUCAUUGGAGGAGCGGUGUUAUUGAUUUUAGAAAGAACAUCCCAAUUCUUACCAAUCCUUUUUUUUUUUUGUGGGUUUAGCGUUUUCCUCUUUAUUCCUCCUGGGCGUCGAAUGGUGUUUUUCCGAUUUUCGUUUUUUUUUUUUUUGUAUCCCAAGCUUCUCUGUCUUGAAGGGAGAGAGGUAGUGGUACCCACCCAUCUACCUGACUUGUAGAAUGCGACAAUGCCGGUGAACGAGAGUGUACGAACGAAGGGGAAGGAAAAGUUUUGUGGAUUUUUUUCCACAUUUUUUAUUUUUAUCUUUUAUUUUUUACAUACCGGUAUUCCUGUAUCUCACUCGGGCAUCAAUAUCUGUCUAUACUUUCUUUGGUGACGUUAGACUUUUUUCUAUCUCUUUGGGUUAUUGAUGUGUCUAGAUGGAUGACUUGGGGAUGGGCGGAUGGGGCUGGUAUUGAGAGGGGGGACUAGGAAAUACGACAUACGCUCCUUCAAUUUUUCCGGUUCCUUCGGAGAUGUGAUGUGCGCUGCAAUUGUGGAUGCGUGGUUUUGGUGAUGAUGCAGAGUAGGGACAAUUUCAAUGUUCUCUCGCGACUUGAUGAACCGUAGAUCUCAAGUGAUGAUGGACUCAUUUGUUCUCAGAAAAGGCAAAAAGGUAAUAAGACCAUGUGUGAGGGUGAGACAGCUGCUUUACUGUACGAUUGAGAGAUCAACAGUGGAGCACAUGAAGACAACUCCGAAGCCCCCAUCCAUAGCCUGCCCGGAGGGGGUAGCAGUGCGCCGGUAUUUACUUGAAUUGAGCCGAACCGGGCCCGUUUCAAUUCAUUACAAUAUAGUGCCGCCACAACAUAGCAUAGCGCAGCGUUCUUCCACCCCUCCCUCCAUCAAUCCCUUCUACUCGCCCAAACUUCUUGAGACGACCCCGUCCCGUCCCGUCCCCCCCGUACCUUUCAAAAAUCGCUAACCCUCCCAUUAAAUGCCCAAUCCCCAUACCUCAA